AUGACCGGCCAAAGUGCAGACACCCCGUUUAACAAGAACGAUAAUGGUCCUGAACAAGGCGGCGAUGAUGGUUGGGAAUCAGGUUGGGUUUCUGAUGUCAAUGAAAAAGACGAUUACUCCCAUGUGACUGAGGUAAAGAAACUGUUCUUGGAACUACAAAAGAGCAGAAAUGGAGGGGAAAACUCCCCUCUAUGGCCUUCCCGAUAA